AUGGCAUCUAACAACCUGAGCGUGGAGGCGCUGCCCGCGCCGACGGACGGAGUGUCGUCGCUGGCGUGGUCGUCGCAGGACUUCCUCGUCGCCACCUCGUGGGACUGUGAGGUCCGGUGCUGGCAGGUGGGCGGGGCACAGGGGGCAGUGCCUGUGGCGUCGUCGUCGCAUCAGGCGCCUGUGCUGUGCUCGGCGUGGGAGGGCUCGGGGAACAUGGUGGUGACUGGUGGCUGUGACAACGUGGUCCAGGCGUGGGACCUUGGCUCGGGUGCCACCAGCCAGGUCGGUGAGCACUCUGCGCCCGUCAAGGAGGUGGCCUACUCGGACGAGCUCAACUGCGUGCUCUCGGCCUCGUGGGACUCGACGCUCAAGGCGUGGGACCUCCGGUCGUCGGCUCCGGCCUUUGAUCUGGCCCUCCCGCAGCGGGCGUUUACCAUGGACGCAACGUUCCCUCUGGUGGCGGUCGGCUGUGCCGAGCGGCAGGUCGUCCUGUAUGACAUCCGCAAGCUGGGCGUGCCGUACAAGCACUUCCACUCGCCGCUGAAGUAUCAGACCCGCAAGCUGGCGGUCUUCCCGGACGCUACGGGCUUUGCCAUCUCUUCGAUCGAGGGCCGCGUCGCCAUCCACUAUGUUGAGGAGAAGGACUCGUCGUUCAACUUUGCCUUCCGCUGCCACCGCAUCGACAACUCGAUCUAUGCCGUCAACGGCAUUUCCUUCAACAAGGCCCAUGGCACGUUUGUGACCUGCGGGUCUGACGGGACCUGGGCCGUGUGGGACAAGGACUCGAAGAAGCGCCUCUACCAGUCGCCGGUCCACGAGAACUCGAUCUCCGACGUCGCCUUUUCGCACACCGGUGCUUUCAUCGCAUACGCCGUCUCGUUUGACUGGCACAAGGGCGCCGAGUUCUACGCGCCGGCCACGGCCAAAAACUCGGUUUGCAUUACGGCCACGUCGCCGUCGAUGAUCCAGCCGCGCCCUCAAGGAUAG